CAUGCACCAAUUCAAAAUUCCGUAAAUAUGGCAAUGUCAGUCGUUUCUACACUAGCUAUAUCUGGCUCAAUUGAGCUGCACAUGAGAAAAAUACGCAACUUUCAAGAAACACCUUCUUCUCUUUGGAACAAAACCCUAGUUUAGUUUCCUGCAACAAAAUCCUAAUUAAAAUGGCAGACAAACCCAAAAGGCCUCAUGCCAUCUUCAUUCCCUACCCUCUACAAGGCCAUGUUAUCCCUUCUGUCCAUCUCGCAAUCAAGCUUGCCUCUCAGGGUUUUACCAUCACCUUUAUCAAUACCCAAUAUAUCCACCAACAAACCUCCAAGGCAGGUUCCACAGCCGGGCCGGACUUGUUCACCAAGGUUCGUGGAUCAGGUCUUGAUAUUCGAUACACCACCGUCUCUGACGGACUUCCUAUUGGGUUCGACCGGUCGUUGAACCAUGAUCAAUUCAUGGCAGCCCUAUUGCAUGUGUUUUCAGCUCAUGUAGAGGAGGUUGUGGGUCAGAUUAUUGCUUCUGGAGAAGAUGUCCAUUGUUUAAUCGCUGAUACAUUUUUCGUAUGGCCUUCAAAAGUUGCCAAGAAAUUUGGAUUACUAUAUGUUUCAUUUUGGACAGAGGCUGCUUUGGUGUUUACUUUGUAUUACCAUUUGGAUCUUUUAAGGAUAAAUGGCCAUUUUGAUUGUAACGGGUUCGUAUCAGAUCGCCGGGAAGAUGUUAUAAACUGUAUACCAGGAGUGAAAGCAAUUGAACUGAAGGAUACAAUGUCAUAUCUGCAAGAAAAAGAUGCAACAUCGGUUUGUCAUCAAAUCAUAUUUAAUUGCUUUGAAGACACUAAAAAUGCAGAUUUUGUUUUGUGUAAUACAGUGGAAGAACUUGAACCUGAGACUAUUUCAGCUCUAAAAGCCAAAAUUCCAUAUUAUGCAAUUGGACCCAUUUUCUCAAGUGACUUCUCCAAAACAAUUGUUGUUACUAGCCUCUGGUCCGAGUCCGAUUGCACCCAAUGGCUAGACAAAAGGCCCAAUGGCUCGGUCUUGUAUGUCUCAUUUGGUAGCUAUGCCCAUGUAACAAAAAGAGACUUGUUAGACAUAGCAGCAGGACUUGCCCUCAGUAAAGUGAGUUUUGUUUGGGUACUUCGCCCGGAUAUUGUUAGCUCUGAUGAUGCUAAUCCAUUGCCCGCUGGAUAUCAUGAAGAGGUUUCUGACCGUGCGAUGAUCAUACCUUGGUGCAGUCAAAAAGAAGUGUUGACCCAUCCCGCGAUCGGAGGGUUCUUAACACAUUGUGGGUGGAAUUCCACGUUAGAAAGCAUAUGGUGUGAAGUACCAUUAUUGUGUUUCCCUUUAUAUACCGAUCAAUUCACGAAUAGGAAAUUUGUGGUUGAUGAUUGGAAAAUUGGAAUUAAUUUGAGUAGCAAGAAGGUGAUCACAAAAGAUGAAGUUUCAGAAAAUAUUAACCGUUUGAUGUGUGGAGAAUCAAAGGAUGAAUUUAGGAAUAGAAUCAAAGAGGUGAAGAAAACAUUGGAAAAUGCAGUGUCACCUACUGGAUCAUCAGAGAAAAAUAUGGUUCAAUUCAUCAAGGAUUUAGGGACAAAGAUUGAAAAGAUGGCUAAAGCCAAAAAUUCCAUCUGCAAUGGCCAUGCUCUAUGUUGAGCGGAAACGGAAGUGGAAGUGCGAAACGCGGAAACCGACAUUGGUUUUUUUAAAAUAUAAGAAAUAGAAACGGAAGCGUGUAAAUAUAAAAAAUAUAAUUAUAUUUUUAUAAA